AUGCCCCCGGCACCGCUCCCCACGCACCGCGAGCUACUCACGGCCCUGACCGAAGCCCUCGCCACCUCCACGCGCGGACUCCCGACCCGCCACAUCAUUUCUACCCUUCACGUGCUGUUCCCUUCCCUCCUCCUCCCGGCUCUCGAUCUCUUGGACCGCGACCUAGUGAGGCGCGUCGUCGUCGUUGCCGCCUCGACUCCUGUUCGUGGCCGCAACGAUGACGAUGAUGACGGCGGCAGCGGCACUGAGGAAGACGACAGAACAGUAGAAAAGGACGUGGAGCAGGCGAGGGAGGGCACCUACAUCGUACGCUCCCUCGUAUCCACAAUGGGAGGAAAGCGCCGCGCGCAAGCGAAAUCCUACCUCGUCCUGCUGACAGCCUGGUCGUGCACCUGCCCCGCCUUCAUAUUCGACGCCCUCCCCGCCCGCACCACGUCCACUCCCUCGUCGAAUGCGCCGCCCUCUGCCCACCCCUUCCGUUCCUCUCCUGCGGCGCCGGCGACAGCGGGGCCCGCUUCCGCUUCUGCCGAUGGUGCGCCGCGGGGAACCGGCCAAAUGGUCCUUUGGCGGCUUGAGUCGGGAUGGCUUACCUGGGAGAGGCGGCCGGGUCCCCUGCUGCAAACACUUGCUUGCGUGCGUGCUGGUCGAGAGGUGGGGUGA